GGUAUUUUUUGGAUUGUUGUGGUGCAGCGGCGUGGUGAGCAGAGAGCGUGGUGAGCGGAGAGGGAAAGAAAGAUAGGAUCCUUGCCACCUUAUUAACAUCAAAACGAAGACUAAAGAAGUAGAAAUCUUAAGGUCCAAGAAGUAAUGUACAGGUGAAGGUGAAGAGUAAAGCAGAUAACUUGUAAUAAUGGCAGAUAUAAGCUUGAGUGAGGCGGAGAAGAGAUAUAUUGUGGAUGGAGUAAAGCUGGGCAUUCGUGUGGAUGGGCGGGAGCGGCUGGACUACCGGCAAUUGGAGAUUGAGACAGGCCUGGUGUCAACUGCCAAUGGGUCAGCCCGAGUGCGCCUUGGCUGCACAGAUGUUCUUAUUACUGUCAAGAUGGAAAUGGAACCACCACCACCACAGCAACCGAAAGAUGGACAGAUACACUUCUUUGUCAACUGCUCAGCCAAUGCAGCCCCAGAGUUUGAGGGUCGAGGCGGAGAGGAUUUAGCUACCAGCCUGAGUGCAAUGCUUGACCGCCUCUACUCCUCCCCUCUGUCCCUCGACACAAGCCGGCUGUGUGUGGUGCCCGGCAAGCAUGUCAAGGUGCUCUAUGUGGAUGUGGAGAUUCUAGAGUGUGGUGGGAACUUGUUUGACACAGUGAGUUUGGGAGUGAAGGCAGCACUGUGGGCUACCAGAAUGCCUAGAAUAUAUAUCACUGGGGAGGAUGGAGGGGAGCUGGAGUUCAUGGUGUCAGACAACCCUCAAGAAGUUGACCGAGUGGAUGUGUCCAAUGCUCCUAUCCUCAUCACACACUUGAGGAUAACAGAGAACUUGACAGUAAUUGACCCAACCCCAGAGGAGGAGUGCUGUGGGCCUGUGCAGGUGGUGGUUGGUGUCACUCCCAAGGGCCUCAUCACCACCACACAACAGUUAGGGGCUGGGACUUUUGCACCACAGACUCUCUCAGCUUCCCUCAAAAGUGCACAGGAGUUGGGAGUUAAGAUCCACCAUCAGCUCAUGCAAAGGCUACAGCAGGAGGAGAGCAUUCCCAACAGAAAGACUAAAGGCUUCUUAUAAUACAUUAUACCAAAGCAGA